CACACCUCCACGGCAGAAGCACGGAAAGCACUGCAAAGUCUAUUGCGUUUCCUAAUGAAACAUUUAGUAAUAGCAGUACUUAAAGAUUAAUUUACAAGUCUCAUUGAUGCUCUUUAUUGGGGCUAUAUAUUUCUUCGGCCACGGCUGUUGCGCAUCCUUUUGCAGGGAAAUUGUGAACUUUCGGGGUUGUGCAAAGGGCAGGGCUGCUGCUUCAGCCCGCUCUUGACUCGCUGGAUCGGGAGGAGUGACUGAUCGCGCAAGGUGAGCUUCGACAGGUGGAGAAACGCUUUAUUUAACUCGGCCGACUCUUCCUCGUACCAGGAUAAGGAGGACGACGGGAGUAACGAACGGAGACUUCAAAACUAGUAAUAAGACAAUACACUUUAACACAACUAGGAGACGAACAGGCCACAUCCCUUCAUCUCCAUGUGAUGACAUCACUGCCUGGUCCCUCCAGGCUCACAGCCCCACCCAGCAGUGACUACUGUCAGCUAGGCAGACCUUAAGGAAGCAUGGCAGCCCAAGUAGAGGUGAAAUCAGUACAGGGGGAGACAGCAGGGGUCAGUAGUGGACAUCUGAGGAGGACUGCUGAGCCUCCGUCCGGCACCCAGGGGCACAUCUUCCUCAGCCCGCAGGCCGGAAAACCAGCCCUCCUCACCCCUAAACCUUUCUCUCUGGAGAAGACCCUGUCCAUCCGGCCCAUUUUGCCUCCCAAGCCUCAGGUUCCAAGUGCCCCUCCAGGAGCUAGCCAAACCAGUGACCUGAAAUCCAGUGAACUCAGUCUUGCUGACUCUCCUGGAGUCCUCGGUGGGGACCAGACCAGAUCUAUGAAAUCCAACACACCCACUGCUCCUAAACCAGCCCUACACAGGAAUCCUGAAAUCAACCCACCCACUGUUGUUAUACACGAUCUCUCCAGUACCUUGCAGAGUAGUCUACUCUGGAAUUCUAAAUCUAACCUGCUGAGUAAGCCCAAACUGGAUCUGACUGAAUCUUCUAUAUCUGUCCCACUUAAUGCACCAAAAGCCAAUCUAUCCACUACUCCUAAACCUGAUGAUCCCAGUACACCAAAACCCACCCCACCUCAUACUCCUAAACCUGACCUUUCCUCUGUACCAAAACCUGUCCCACUUAGUACUCCUAACCUUAACCUAUCCAAGUCUGAGGUAUUUGCAUCACCUGAACCCCUUGCCAAUCAGGCUACCUCCAUAGACUCGCCUGAAAAGCCCAGGAAGCUAUCCGUGUUGGAACGGAUCAAGAUGUUGUCACAGUUCCGGACCUCCCAGGAGUCAUCAGCAUCUGAGUGCUCUGGGAUGACCCAAACCGAGCGGCAACCACGGAUGAGAAUGGGCGCUCCCAUAAGCAGAGCUAAGUCGAUGGGCUCUCUUGACUACGCCAGGUGGGAAGCAUUGAAGGAUAUGACUGAAGAAGAACAAUCUAGGGAGGAGAAGUCAUCAGUCUCACCACUACUGCAGAGAAACAUUGUUGUGGUUCAGCCUGCCACUCCACAAUCUGCAGGCUCCCCACACAAGGUGGCGGCCCCCCGGAAGACGGGGGCCACUGGCCAGCUGAGCGAACUCACGUCUAGGUUUGAGUCCCUAAAUACCCCAGACAAAUGCCAGCCAGACAAGGAGAAUAUUCUGGAGAGAAAAGGGAAAGAGGUCAGGUGCACGGAAGAGGUCACAGAGUCACAACCAUCGGAAAACGCAGACAACAGCCUCAGGCAAAUGAUGCCGGAGUGGAGGAAGCAGGACACGGAUCAGGAAGAGACUGCUUCCAGCAUAAAGAAGCGGAUCAGUCUUCUGUUUGACCCCUCCUCUGCCCAAGGAGGUGGGGUCUCCACACCCCUGGAGGUGGAGCCUCAUUCAUCGGCGCAGCCCAUCCAGGAGGUGGACAUCUCAGUGGGUGUGAAACAGCGGAUUAAACAGUUGAUAGCAGAGAGCCCUUCUCAGUCCCUCAUUCAGAGAAAGGUCAAGCCCCGCCCCCUCUCUCAGGACCUCACCAAGUGUUUUUCACCAGGAAUGUCUAUGGACACUAGCCCUUCCACUGUUGGCCUGGAGAGAGUUCAGAUGAGAGGUGUUGACAAGAAAGAAAGAGAGGCCCAUGAGAAGGUGGAAGACCCUAUGGCUGACUCGAGUAUUAAGGGUCAAGACCAGAGCGGGGGAUCCUUCACUACUUUAGACCAGUCAGGCAAUGGUGGGACAGAGCUGGAGCUGCAGGAACUUCAAUCAAACAAAGAGAAGGCACCAGUAGAGACACCUGAGAAUGUAGUUUCCAUCAUUCCAUCCCUCCAACUUGGUCAUUUAGACCGCAGUGCAGUGAGUGAGGGCAUUCUUAGUGCCCAACUGGAGGAAAAAACCUCGAAACUGGAAGAGGAGAGGCAGAAACAGAUGGAGCUGGAGAGGAAAUGCGAAGAGGAGAGGCAGAAACAGCUGGAGCAGGAGAGGAAACUGGAGGAGGAGAGGCAGAAACAGCUGGAGCUGGAGAGGAAACGUGAAGAGGAGAGGCAGAAACAGCUGGAGCUGGAGAGGAAACUGGAAGAGGAGAGGCAGAAACAGCUGGAGCAGGAGAGGAAACGCGAAGAGGAGAGGCAGAAACAGCUGGAGCAGGAGAGGAAACGCGAAGAGGAGAGGCAGAAACAGCUGGAGCAGGAGAGGAAACGCGAAGAGGAGAGGCAGAAACAGCUGGAGCAGGAGAGGAAACGCGAAGAGGAGAGGCAGAAACAGCUGGAGCUGGAGAGGAAACGCGAAGAGGAGAGGCAGAAACAGCUGGAGCAGGAGAGGAAACUGGAGGAGGAGAGGCAGAAACAGCUGGAGCUGGAGAGGAAACGUGAAGAGGAGAGGCAGAAACAGCUGGAGCAGGAGAGGAAACGUGAAGAGGAGAGGCAGAAACAGCUGGAGCUGGAGAGGAAACGCGAAGAGGAGAGGCAGAAACAGCUGGAGCAGGAGAGGAAACUGGAGGAGGAGAGGCAGAAACAGCUGGAGCUGGAGAGGAAACGUGAAGAGGAGAGGCAGAAACAGCUGGAGCAGGAGAGGAAACGUGAAGAGGAGAGGCAGAAACAGCUGGAGAGGAAACGGGAAGAGGAGAGGCAGAAACAGCUGGAGCUGGAGAGGAAACGGGAAGAGGAGAGGCAGAAACAGCUGGAGCAGGAGAGGAAACUGGAGGAGGAGAGGCAGAAACAGCUGGAGAGGAAACGUGAAGAGGAGAGGCAGAAACAGCUGGAGCUGGAGAGGAAACGGGAAGAGGAGAGGCAGAAACAGCUGGAGCAGGAGAGGAAACUGGAGGAGGAGAGGCAGAGACAGCUGGAGCAGGAGAGGAAACUGGAGGAGGAGAGGCAGAGACAGCUGGAGCAGGAGAGGAAACUGGAGGAGGAGAGGCAGAGACAGCUGGAGCAGGAGAGGAAACUGGAGGAGGAGAGGCAGAAACAGCUGGAGCUGGAGAGGAAACGCAAAGAGGAGAGGCAGAAACAACUGGAGCAGGAGAGGAAACUGGAGGAGGAGAAGCAGAAACAGCUGGAGCAGGAGAGGAAACGGGAAGAGGAGAGGCAGAAACAGCUGGAGCUGGAGAGGAAACGCAAAGAGGAGAGGCAGAAACAGCUGGAGCUGGAGAGGAAACAGGAAGAGGAGAGGCAGAAACAGCUGGAGCAGGAGAGGAAACAGGAAGAGGAGAGGCAGAAACAGCUGGAGAAGAAACGGGAAGAGGAGAGGCAGAAACAGCUGGAGCAGGAGAGGAAACUGGAAGAGCAGAAACAGCUGGAGCUGGAGAGGAAACGAGAAGAGGAGAGACAGAAGCAACUAGAGUUGGACAGAAAGAACCAGGAGAGGGAGGUAGAAGAAUCACCCCAACAGAUUUCCACAGCUGGGGAAAUCCUCCCCACAUCUCAGGCCAGUAGCAGCACCCUAACAGAACAAAGUGUAAGAGAAGGUGAUGAAAAUGCCACAACUGAAGAAGUUAUUUUUGAUGAUUUCUCUGUGAGGCCAAUGAGGUGGAGAUAUAUGAGGAAAAGCAGCCUACUUUAUGGAGACACUUUCCAGACUUCUCAACCGCCAGCUGAUGCUUAUGAUGAGGGAGGAAAAAAUGAAAAUUAUGUGGAAAAUUUGAAUGAUCAAGAGCAACAAGGAGAGAUUAGCGAAGACGAUGAGAAGUUACAAAAGAAAGUAAAGAUUGGGAUUGACCGUGGGCAUGAUGGACAAGGGGGUGUAAAGCAAGAAGAUACUAAGAGUCAGGGGGGUACAGAGAUAGAGAUUCUGGAUCCCAUAAAACAACCUUCCAACAGGUCCAGCCACCUUUGCCCUGGUGAGAAACUGGAAGCAGAAGAGGACAGAUGUAGUGCUCCCAGACAGGCAGCCACGCAGCCACUCCCAAAGCCAGCCACUUGCAUAGCGCGGACGUUGGCGGGCACCGGUCCCAGGGAGGAGGAUGGCACGCAGGACAGGCUCAUCUCCCACGAGGACGACCAGUACGGCAGCCUGGACGCAGCUCAGCACCCCGGCGAGGGCAGUCUGACUCCGAACACCUCCACCCCCACGGAUGCCCUACCGGAGCCCAGUACGCCAGGCGGGCUGCCCUCCCCCAGCACCCUCUCCUCCGUGUCGUGCGAGGCGACAGACCCGCUGCCUUUUCCUGAGACGCCAACAUCCCUGCUGGACUCCAGCGCCCUGCGCUCGCGGGUGCUGUUGGGUAAGAGGCGGAGUCAGCGUGCCCUGCCCUCAAGAGCCGCCCGUCAGAAAGCUGUACAGGAUGCCAAAGACCCGAAGUUCCAGGACUCUGCAGGGACGGGGUCUGAAAUGACAGCACAGGAAGAUGUGGAGGAUGAAGAGGAGGAGGAGGAGGAGGAGGAGGUGAAGGCAGAGCCGUGUUUGACUCCUUCGCAGCCACAGAGAGUGCCCCUCUUCCCUGGCAUGGACACGUCUGCUCUCAAGGCUCAGCUGAAGAAGCGAGUGGGUGACUCAGAAAACCAGGCCGAGCAGCCCCCCCCCCAGCGAUCAGCCAAAUCUCCCUUCCUCCCCCAGGCCACCCGAGUUCUGCCCCCCAUCGCUGACAAGGAAAACCGGGACCACUCCUCCCCACAGUGGCUGCAGGAGCUGAAGUCCAAGAAACGCUUCAGUCAGCACGAGAGUGACACCUAGUGGCAGAAGGGUGGCUCCUACCUGGAACCUUCGGCAGGCCACACAGGGUGACUGUUCUCAUGAAAGCCUUAGAUCUUAGUCCUACUGUUGCUGCUCACCAGUUUUUUGAUAUAUAUUUUUUCCCCCUUCUGUAAUCUUGAAUCAUAAAGUUGUCUUUCUAGAAUUCUUUUUUUUGUGGAAGAACAGAAUUGGGGGACUGGGUUGGGAAUUGCGCCACAGAGAACAGUCCCUGCUACCUCCUGGCAGGCAGAUGUGGGGGCUCCCCUGGCAGCGAGGGACGCACGUGGACCAUAGCCCCCCCCCCCCACGACUCACCUGCACAAUCAAGAACAAUGGGAGUUGGUUUUUUUUAUUAUUAUUAUUUCUGAGGUCUUCAUUCGAUUUUUAUGUUGAACAAUCAGAUCUUUGAUCCUUUUUUUGUGUCCACGUGGUUCAGAGAACAGGUUUACACUGGCUAGGUGUCCAGGCACAGGUUCCGUGCAGUCAGAUAGUUAUGAAUUAGCAAGGUUUGUUAUGCACUGGGGAUUUGUGUGUGAAAAAAAUUAAACUUUGCCAAGUUAUAAUUAUUAGGGUGAUAAAAUAAGAGGUAGUGAAACCCUUUCUGUCCUGCCAAACCCUGUCCAAUUCCGCCUUGUUCUUUAAACUAUCCUACCUUGUUUACAUAACCCCCGUCAGACUGGACAGAGGUGCUCACCUCUCUGUGCCUUUUCCACAAAGUGCCCUCAGGGUUUUUUAGAUAGAGAAAGUGCUGCAUAGAUGGAAAAUGUCUGCUGUCAUUCUUCCAUUCAGUUUCCCCAGAGGUGCUGGUGGAAGCUAGAUGCUACUUAGCAUGAAAUGCUGCUUUCUGCCAUCGCUACCCUCCCAGGGUCGUCCUGUAACGUAGUAAUAGCAGCUGAUUAUGAACACUGACAGCAAGUGAAAAUGUAGGCAAACACUGUUCAUGUGGUGGCCACGGACAUAAGCGGUAGCUGCAGGUUCUAUGCCUGCUGGUCUGCUUGCUUCCUGUCCAGCAACAGGAAGUUUGACUCCCCAACAGGAUGUGGAGGAAGUGCAGUGCCAUGUUGUCUUUUGGGGUGUGACCAUCUGUGAACCCCCCGAAGGCUCAUUCCAGUGAGCAGAAGCUGGAAAGUGAUGUAAUGUGCGGAAGAGCCACUGGUAGCGAAGAAUUUUAAUGCAGUGUCAAAAAGAUGCCAAUUCAAGUCCCCUGUUGGGCACCAAUCAGCAGUGGAUCUGUUAAGUGUCAGAAAGCUGUAAAAUCUAUAGGUCUCUUCUGAAUCCAAGCAUCUGCUAAGCACCAAGGUGGUGGUGAUGAUGAUGACGACGAUGAUGAUGAAUUCGGUAUGUACUGCUUCAACCGAAAUUUAUCUCCAUGAAUCAAAACCCUGGAUCUAUAGCUGGUUACAUCCUAUAGCGUCGCUCAAAGGUUUUAUUCUGCGAACAUGCAAAGGGGUUUAAACAGGGUGAAUGCAGACACUGUGUUAAGGGUCAUCAUCUGAGUGCAUUGCCAAGUUAAACUGCUGGCUGUCUGUCAGGCCUCUUUGAGACCACAGUCCCGUUAAAUCCUGUGUCAGCUUUGUUUUCCAGACUGGAUGGCAAAUUCUGCCAUUGAGAAGUAUGUGCAUUUUUUUGUACGUUUCUGAAAGGGAAGGAUGUAAAUUACACCAGAUUUGUCAAACCAUUGUCAAAAUGUGCACACUCAAUAAACUUUCCUGUACAAUGA